AUGUGCUCUCAGGGCUGCCUGGAAGAACCAGGCGACGACAGCCACCCUGAAGAAGAGGAAGAAGACCACGAUCCAUUAUCUCAAGGAGGAGCAGCUCACAAGGCUAAUGAGACAGGCCUAAAAGAAGGUUUAGAUGUCUGUGCCACUUGCCACGAACAUGCUACCUGCAAGCAAACAGAAGGAGUGAAGAUGUGUAUUUGCAAAUACGGAUUUGUGGGCAAUGGGAGGACUCACUGUGUUGAUAAAAACGAGUGCCAGUUUGGAGCCACUGUGGUCUGUGGAAACCACACAUCUUGCCACAACACGCUUGGAGGCUUUUAUUGCACUUGCCUGGAAGGAUAUCGAGCCACGAAUAACAACAAAACGUUCAUUCCCAAUGAUGGCACCUUUUGCGCAGACAUAGAUGAGUGUGAGGUUUCCAGCCUGUGCCGGCAAGGAGGACGGUGUGUGAACACAUACGGAAGUUUCGAAUGCUACUGUAUGGAUGGGUUCUUGGCAAAGAGCGGGCCCGAGCCUUUCCACCCGACCAGAGAUGCCACGUCGUGCACAGGUGGGUUUUUGCCGAAGCAGGAGCCUUCUGAAGAAAUAGACUGUGGCACCCCUCCUGAGGUUCCAGAUGGCUAUAUUGUAGGAAAUUAUACUUCUAGGCUUGGCAGCCAGGUUCGUUAUGCUUGCAGAGAAGGAUUUUUCGGUGGUCUGGAAGAUACAGUUUCAAGCUGCACGGCCUUGGGCACAUGGGAGUCCCCAAAAUUAAAUUGCCAAGAAAUCAACUGUGGCCAUCCUCCGGAAGUGCCCCACACGUUCCUGGUGGGGAAUCACAGCUCCAGGCUGGGCGGUGUGGCUCACUACGUCUGUCAAGAGGGCUUUGAAAGCCCGGAAGGAAAGAUCACUUCCGUCUGCACAGAGAAAGGCACUUGGAGAGAAAGUACUUUGACAUGCACAGAAAUAAUUACAGAAAUUAAGGAUGUAUCAGUGUUUAAUAACAGCUGUGUGAGGUGGCAAAUAAACCGAGGAAGCACAGUCUCCAAGAUUAUCUAUGUGAUAUACGUAAAAGGACACCGGUUGCACCCUGUGGAAUCAGUUCACGAGGAGACCGUCAACCUGACCACAGACAGCAGGACCCCAGAAGUGUGCCUAGAUCUGUACCAAGGCACCAACUACACCGUGAGCAUUUCUACUGCUCUUCCCACACGCUCCGUGCCUGCCAUCAUUGGGUUCCAGACAGCUGAUUUUCUGGGGACUAGGUCUUCAAAAUCGUGCCAUUAUUCAGUCAGAAUGACAGCUUGCUGUUCAGUGUCAGCUGUUUUUACUAAUACCCAGUUACCGCUACAAGAAGAUGAUCUCUCAGAAGACGAUGGAACUUUCAACAUUUCAAUAUUCAGCGAAGCUUGUCUGAAACUGAACAGGCGCUCUUGGAAAGUCGGAUCGGAACAAAUAUACCAAUUUAAAGUUCUGGGUCAAAAGUGGUAUCUGAGUAAUUUUUACCAUGCCGCCUCCUUUAACUUCACAACGAGGGAACAAGUCUCAGUAGUGUGUUUAGACCUGUACCCAGCAGCGGAUUACACGGUGAAUAUCACUCUACUGGGAUCUUCUGAGCCGCACUCGAUGCAGAUCACAAUGACAACCUCACCAGCAGUAAAACAGAUCAUCGGUAACAUUUCAAUAUUUAAUGAAACCUGCUUGAGAUGGAGAAGUACCAAGACAGCUGAUAUGGAGGAGAUGUAUUCUUUCCACAUUCAGGGCCAGAGAUGGUAUCAGAAGGAAUUUGCCCAGGAAAUGAUCUUUAAUAUCACUACCAGCAGCCAGGCUCCCGAGAUGUGCUUGGACCUGCGUCCGGGCACCAACUACAGUGUCUGCAUACAGGCUUUGUCUUCUGAACUUCCUGUGGUCCUCUCCCUGACAACCCAAAUAACAGAGCCUCCCCUUCCGGAAGUAGACUUUGUCACAGUGCAUGGAAGGCCUCUGCCACGUCUGAGACUGAGGAGAGCCAAGGAGGAAAAUGGACCUAUCAGUUCCUACCAGGUGUUGGUGCUUCCUCUGGCCCUCCAAAGCACUUUUUCUUGUGAUUCGGAAGGGGCUACCUCAUUCUUUAGCAAUACCUCUGACGCCGAAGGAUUUGUGGCUGCAGAACUACAGGCCAAAGAUGUUCCAGAUGAUGCCAUGGAGAUAUCUAUUGGGGACAGGCUGUACUAUGGGAAAUACUAUAAUGCACCUUUGAGAAAAGGGAAUGAUUACUGCAUUAUAUUACGAAUCACAAGUGAAUGGAAUAAGGUGAGAAGAUGCUCCUGUGUAGUGUGGGCUCAAGUGACAGAUUCGUCAUUCAUGCUGCAGCAGAUGGUGGGCGUUGGGCUGGGCUCCGUGGCUGUUGUGAUUAUUCUCGCAUUCCUGUCCUCAGCCGUGUGAUUGCAGAUGGGCACUGCCUGCGGAGGAUGCACGGUGCUGGGGCGGAGUUAUGACUGCUUCUCAGGUGCCGGCCCAGACAGGCCCCCUGUGGCUGCCACCAGGUGUGUACGGGGCUGCUCCUUUUCCAUUCCCAGCUUGGCUCCGUUUCUGAACUCAGGAUGGUGAAUACCUCAGUGGAACCCCGCAAAAGGAGGAAACUUGGGAAUUGCUGACGUCUUCUCUGCUUGCCACACAACCAGUUCUCUGUAUGAACUUGAGACCCUUGAUAUGCAAUGUAAUAUUGGCCACAGGCUAAGAUCAUGGGGGCGGGACCCGUGUCUUCCUCUGAGUGGUGCCUGAGAGUCAGCUCUUCUGGACAAUGAAUGCAAGAGAGUCUCUGCAUCUUCUUUUGUAGCGUCUCUGAAUUAAUUUGGAAUCCACCCUUUUACAGCGAGUGAUGAGGUGGACUUAAGUUUGGGCUAGAAUUUGCCCUUAUGAAGGAGGUCAUUGGAAAGAAUAGAGCGCAUUGGCAGUAGGCAAACUUGUCAGUUUAGAAGCAACCCUUUUCUUACGAUCAAUUGACACGCUAAUAGUAUACUAACUGAGCCUCUUCAGUGAGUUCCCGGCAAUGCCUGUUAGGCAGCGUUGCUUUGAUACAGACCCAUUGGUUUACAGGUAAUCAAAAGCCAUAAGCUUUCAUUCCAAUAAAAAUAUUCUGUUAA